AGAAGAAAGAUGAGAAAGGGAAGCUCUCAGCGGCGAUGGGCAGCUUCUCCACUGAGGAAAUGUCAAAGGAUCAGCUGGAGGAGCACAUCGUUCUCCUCCGGGAGGAGCUGGACCGGGAGCGCGAAGAGAGGAGCUUCUUCCAGCUGGAGAGGGACCAGAUCCGGGCCUCCUGGGAGAUCUACAAGAGGGACGUGGAGGAGUUUGAGUCAGAGCUGAGGAACCGGGUCCGAGAGAAGGACGAGGCCGAGGAGCGCCACCGAGCGGAGAUCACUAUCUACAAGCAGAAGCUGAAGCACGUCCUGUCCGAGCAGCACAACACCGUCAGUGAGAUGAAGAUGGACACCGUCUCCUCUGUCUCCACGGUCCAGGACCAGAACACAGAGUCAGAGCUCGGGCUGCGCAGAGACGUCCAGAACCUGCAGAUGGACCGCAGGCAGAAGAAAUUCAACGAGGAGUGCUCCAUAACGGAGCUGAAGCUGAGACACCAGGUGGAGCUGAUGGAGCUCAACAACAUGCAUGACCGCAGGCUGAGAGAGAUGGAGGUGAAGUACCACCACAGGAUGCAGGCUCUGGUCCAGGCGGAGGAGAAGAGGUGGUCGUCUGAGGUCAGCAAGCUGGAGGAGCAGAUGAAGAGUCGCAUGACGUCUGUGGUGGAGCACCAGGACCGCAUACUGAGAGAGACUCAAGAGUACGUCUGUAAAGUUCCGAGGAAACUGCUGAAUAAGCGGCAGAUACUGGAGAAAGAGCACGCGGAGCUGCAGAAGCACAAGGUCCAUUGGAACAACAAGCUUCCAGCAGUUCAGAAGGAGAACAAACGUCUGAAGAAGGUUCUGCAAGAGACCCAACAGAAGCUGCUUAAUCUGCCGAGACAGAACCGGGCCAUAGACAUCAUGGAGAAGCACCGCGCUCACCUGCAGCUGGUGGAGCAGCAGCUCAGAGAUCUGACUGUGGAACAUCAGCAGCUGCUGCAGGCCUUCCAGGAGGUCCAGCAGGAGCGUGAUGAGCUGUUGAGGCAGCAGACGAAGAGUCUCCUGGAGGUGCAGCAGAGGAGAGGGCUGAAGAAGAUGGUCCUGGAGGAGAAGCUGGCUGUUCUCACAGAAACCUUGGAGAAGAAGGAGGCGCAGCUCAGCGCCACUCUGUCUGUGUCCAACAUUGACCCGAGGGUGCGCAGCACCGCCGCCAACCAGCUGGAGGAAACUCUGGAGUCCAAACGGGUCGCCAUGGAGGCCCUGAAGGAGGACCUCGUCCAACAAUGCAAGGAGUACGACCAGCUGCUACACAGCUGGAAGGAGCAGCUGGAGGCUUCUGGACGCCCGCUGCGCCACCUCCCCAUUGAAACUGCCGAGCAGGGCCUGAAGACAGCUGGUCCAACGACGCCUGAACCAGAUCUCUGA